AAGCGAAGGUUGGCGUCUGCUGGACGAUUGAGCCCGGUCUUAGUGGCCUGGGCUCUUCUGGUUCUCUCGAAUGACAAGGAUUUGGGCGUGAAAUGUAAGGAUGUGCAUCCAGAUGCGAGCUAUUCUUAGGUCAGGGAUCUGAAGAUUUUGAAUUAUAAAACAGGGGUGUCGGACCAGUGGAGUUAGGCCAAUGGGGAGGGUGUGUGGAAUCUGUUGACCAAGGAAGUGACAAACGUCGUCCAGGCCCACGCACCUCCUUCUCUCUUCGCCUGCUCCGCAUUCAUCUGUGACACCGAUGCUCAUGAUUAUGCCGCAACUCAACGAGGAAAAGGAGCCCUUUGUGACCGGAUGACUGACGGACGACUACGUUUGCACUUUCGUUUUCAACUCGUUUCCGGGCUGCUCUCUAGACGCACGCGGGCAGCGAGCUGUAGAGUGGCAGCGCUGCUGAUUGAUCGUGGAUUCAGAUUCAGAAGUCAAGGGCCAAAGCAGCUCAGCGAAUAAUCGAGCAUGAUGGGGGUGGCGCGGCAGAUGAUCGUGUACUUGAAUUAUACGUGAAGAAGAAGGGAAGUUGAAGCCAGUUGCAGAAGCUGUUGCGAGUUUCCAGAGGAGAGCACACGAACACAGCGCAAGGGCAGUACCAGCAGCAGCAGUAGACGAAGGAGAAGCGGAUUUUUUUUCAUUGCCCUCUCCAGCUCUGUCUCCCCCCGUGCCAGCAGAAUCUUUCAAGAUGAGGCAGGCAGUUCCCUUCCACUCACAAAUGGAGGCAUAUUUCGGAGCCUACUCGUCCCCGGCUGAACCACUUCUGUGGUUGGGUGCUGCAGUACUGGGUGCCACUGCUUGUAAAAUUGUGUAUGAUAUUAUGACUCUGGCGAGCCCUAUGUUUUUCCAAAGCUAUCGAGGUCUAUCGAAAGAGAAACAGGUGGAGUGGGACAACAGGGGAUUCUCGACGGCACACGCCUUUUUCUGUACAGUGGCUGCCGGCUACCUUCUUUACAUAAGCGACGUAUUUUAUGAUAGUGCUCCGUACGGCCCCAUUCCUUUUCGCAGUACAAUAUUUUCUUUCUUCACCAUUGCUUUUUCAACUGGAUACUUCUUUGCGGACUUGGCCAUGAUACUUUGGACAUAUCCAAGUUUGGGAGGACCAGAGUAUGUGGUGCACCAUUUACUGUCGAUCGGCUCACUCAUUUUAGCGAAUUAUACUGCACAUGCUCACUAUUAUAUACUUAUGGUUCUCUUCUCCGAGGUUUCCACACCGUUUAUCAACUUGAGAUGGUAUUUAUUGACAUGUGGGCUAAAAAAUUCAAAGGCCUUCGUAUACAACGGCAUGGCCCUGCUUGUGGUUUGGCUGUUUGCUCGAGUAAUCCUGUUCAUUUACUUCUUCUACCACGUCUACACACAGUUUGACCAGAUUAGCCAGCUAUAUCUUCCUGGUUUCUACUUCAUGUUCACGGCACCACCAACCCUUGCCUUGAUGAACCUCUACUGGUUCUACAAAAUUGUUGCGGGCGCACUCCGAGUUUUAGCCAAGAAGAAAGACUAGGAAACAUCCAGAGAAGUUUUGCUUAGUAUAUUAAUCAUAGGAUGUUUGGCAGUGAUUGUCCGCGAGUCUUUGUUGUACUUUACGGUGCAGUGCAUACAUCCUGCCUGUAAGAGCAUUUUAGGUGUAGUGGAAGUCAGUGGUAUUGGUACGACGAUGAGGAAAUUGUGAAUACUCACCAUCAAAAAGCCGAAUCGGGAUAGACAUAAAUAAACUAGCUCUUCUCGUCACUCUCAUUCUGUCACUGGGCAGAUCGGAAUAUCUUACGAACUACAAUGACAUACAUCUCGGAGAUCGAAGAGUUCUACAUUUCGAGGCAUAUGGAUAGAAAUCUGUCAUUAAUAAAAAGGAUCAAAGGGACCGCUGUAUCUGAGUUGCGU